UUCUUUUUCUCUUUCUUUUUUUUCUUUCUUCUCACUGUGUUGUUGCAUACUAUCGUUAACUGUGUUUUGCGCAAGACUGUAUCUGGAGCAUUUGCUUUUCUUCAUAAUCCUAAUUGCUAGUACAUACGGGAUACCCUCCUCGCGAGCUGUGUGGGAGUGGGAUACGAAGUCGAUACAGAGUAUUUACACUACUAAUACCUAAUAUCCACCAUCGCAAUGAGGGCAAGAUUCAAGACUACGACGGCGCUCCUCCUCGCCGCGAGCAGUCUCCCACUCAGCAGCGCCUUCAAGAGCAUCUCGAUCAACGAGACAGUGCACGCCAACGAGACCAUCGCACUCCGCAUCUCCAACGACCUCUCCGCAGGACCCGACUCAUUCGACUCCCAAUUCUCCACCUACCGCAUCUACCUCGCCAUCGUGGCGCCCUCCUCGAGCAACAUCCCCCACAGCCUGGAACCCUCCUGCUACCUCGUCAACGCGACCUCGAUCAACGAGACGUCCCCCGAGAUCCUGAUCCCGCCGUCCGUUGGCCAGGACGGCACCUCGUACAGCAUCGUCACCAUGGAAUACAGCACGGAUCCACACGGCGCCCGACCCUCAGGCUACGAGUACUCUACAGAAUUCCAACUGCUCAACACCAGCGGGACAUGGACCCGAGCCGAGAUACACGGCGUCGUGCCCCUGUUUCCCGACCUUCUGCCCUGCACCGCGUACGAUUGCGCCCGCCAAUGCAUGCAGACAUACUAUCCGGGAAACGUCAACGGGACGUUCGGCGAGGCCGGGUUUCGGGACACUUAUGUCUGCGUCGCGAAUUGUUCCGGCGUUGCGUAUCCGCCGUGGGAAGCGAUCGAGGCCGAGGGCGCUGCAAAGAAUGAUCCUUUGGCGGGCGCGGGCAAUGAGGGUGCGCAGACGAUAAUGCCGGCGUAUGCGAGUCUGUUGACGAGUAAUCCGCCGACGCCGACGCCGACGACGACGUUGGUGAAUUCCACGAUGACGGUGCUGCCGACGACGACGACGACGAGUGCGAGUCCGACGGCGACGGGGAAGAAGUCUGAGGGAGCGCGGGGUGGGAGGUCGACAGGGGAGAUGAUGGGGAUGUUGGCCUUGGUGGGGUUGGGAGUGGUGGCGCAAUUGGUACUGUGAGCUGAGCUGAGUGAGUUGAACGAGAGCGGGCGGUAGGAAUGAAAUGAAUUUCACGAGAUUUUAGAAUAGAAGGGAGGUAUCUAGAUAUCUAUCAUGUUUGGAUUGAAUGAAAAGUGGAUAUGGAAAUGGAAAUGGGAAUGAUAGAUGAUUUUCUGCUGAGCAGUCUAGAGAUACGUAAGGUAGAUAUGGUUCUUUUUUAACACGCCGCAUUGCGUGAACCUCCCUCGUUACUCCCAAGGAAAAGAAAUAUAUGGCUUAGUGUACAAAAGCAGAGU